AUGCAGGGGGAGCCUUUAGCUUUCUCAGGAGAUGCAGCCUGUCUUCACGUGGUGUUUGCUGCGCUGCAGCAGCGACAGCAGCAGCAGCAAGACAUGGCGUUGCUGCAGAUCCUCUUCUCUCACGGUUGCAGUGUAGAUGAUGGGUGGCCUUCUGCUGCGUACUUUAAGCUGCAGCGCAGCAACAGCAAAAGUAGCAGCAGCAGCAGCAGCAGCCCCGAGGCUGCAGCAGCAACCGAACGAGACCUUCAGGGGACCUCAGCGGGUUUUACGCACUUGUGCGUUCAGAGAUCAUCAGCAGCAACAGCAGCAGCAGCAACAGCAGCAACAUGUGAUGCUUCUGCAAGCAACAACUCGUGGGGAGGGUUUUCGAUGCAGCAGUGGGGGGCCCCCCUACCAGCUGUGCUGCAGCGCCCUAAGGGGCCCAGCAGCAGCUGGGGCCCCCUAUCUGAGGGAUGGCUGUUUAGAAGCGAAGGCGCAGCAGCAGCAGCAGCAAAGGGAGGAGACACGGAGCAGCAGCAGCAGCUGCUGCGCAGACUGAAAGCUUCACCGCUGCUGCUGGUGGGGGAGGUAGGACUCCUCUACAGCAGCAACAUUGCAGUGCAUCAUCUCAUAGCUGAGCUGUCUCUGCAGCCAGGUAAACUCCUCGUUGCUGCUGCUGCUGCAAGCUCACCUGCAGUGCUGCAGCGGCUGCUGCAGCGCGGAGCAAAUCCAAAUUUUAUGCGGCACGGCCUCUCUGCCCUCAGUGUUGCUGCUGCUGCAUGCGGUGCAGCAGCAGAAGAGAAGGUGCGGCUGCUCUUAGCUUUUGGGGGGGCCCCCGAGGCCCCUAUCCCCCUGUCUGCUAAGGCGAGAUGUGCUGCUGCUGGAGCAGCAGUAGCAGCAGCAGCAGCAAAACGGCUUGCUGCCUACGCUCUUAACAGCUGCAUUAAAUACCACCAGAGGAAGGCAGCAGCAGUGGGGACAGAGACUUUUGGAGAUGCAGCAGCAAAAGCAGCAGCAGCAGCAGCAGCAGCAAGCAAGCUACCUUCACUAAGCGAUCUCGAAGCUGCUGCAGCAGCACUCACCCACCCAGUGGUAGUUUUUGCUGCAGAGGAGACGCCUGCGCUGCUGCAUGCAGCAAGCAACAGAAACUCUUCUCUGAUGCAGCUGCUGCUAGAGAACGGGGCCUCCCCUGAAGUGUUUAUUGUCUCUUCUCGCCUGCCUUCUCCUCUUUUUUACUCUGUCUUUUGGGGUCUUCUUCCUGUUGUGCGGCUGCUGCUCUCUUAUGGGGCUAACCCUUUUAUUGCAAAGGAGUGA